AUGUUGAACGACGAUACCCCCGCGCCCGUGUCGCAAUUUCAGGAUCUCAGUCAGGUCGUUGACGGCAAUGACGACAAUGGCCCUAUGCAGCUGGACAGUCUGUGUAUGAACUGCCACGAACAGGGUGUGACCAAACUUUUGCUGUUGCGCGUUCCCUACUUCCGAGAUAUCAUCCUUGAGUCAUUUGCGUGCGAUCACUGUCAUUUCAAAGAUAACUCUGUCAAGUCUGCUGGUCAGAUCCAGGAACAGGGUUGCAAAUACACCCUCAACGUCGAGAACGAAGAUGACCUCCAACGCCAGGUCAUCCGCAGUGAUCUCUCCAUCUUCAAGGUCGAAUCGCUCGGUAUCGAGAUGCCCAAGGGUGAAAGUCAAUUGACCAACGUCGAGGGAGUCAUUCAGCGCAUUCACGAAUCGCUGAGUGGUGAGCAGGAUCUGCGCAAAGACCAGGCCCCCGAGCUCUACGCCGCCCUUGAGCCUAUCAUUGCGAAGCUGAAGGACAUUAUGGACCGCAAUGGUUUCCCAUUCACCAUUUCUCUGGAUGACUUGACUGGUAACUCUUGGAUUGCGCCUAACACUACCGAUCGUGGUAACAAGUACAUUCGCCAUGAAUACCCCCGUACCCACGAGCAGAACGAGGAUCUCGGAAUCUCCCACGAUGCCAACGCCAAUGCCGCGGAGGCUGAGGUUAAGGGUCCCAACGACAUGGGUAACCCUGAAGACCUGGACAUUGUUGAUGGCGAAGUCUACGACCUCCCCACCGAAUGCCCUGGAUGCAACUGCCAAGGUGCUUCCACCCGCAUUAAGCGCGUUAACAUCCCUCACUUCAAGGAGGUCUACAUCUUCGGAACCAGCUGCCCAGAGUGUGGCUACAAGAGUUCUGAUGUUCGUACCGGUGGUGAAGUCCCCGCUAAGGGCAAGCGCAUUACUUUGAAGGUCGAGAACAUGGUCGACCUUUCCCGUGAUAUUCUCAAGUCCAACACCUGUGCCUUGUCUAGCGAAGAUCUUGAAAUCGAGGUCCAGCCCGGCACCCUUGGUGGACGAUUCACCAGUGUUGAGGGUCUGUUGACUGAAAUUAAGGAGCAGCUUUACGGCCAUAUCUUCGAUGCCGAGGGCGCUUCCGGUGGUGACAGCAUGCAGACCUCAGAGAAGAGCAAGUGGGAAAGAUUCUUCGACAACCUGGACGCAGCUAUUGCCGGAGAUAAGAAGUUCAGCAUCACUCUCGAGGACCCUAUGGCCAACAGUUACGUCCAGGAUCUUUGUUCCCCUGCUGUGGACCCGCAAAUUACCAUUGAGGAGUAUGAGCGGAGUGCCGAAGAAGAGGACGAUCUUGGUCUCACCGACAUGAAGACCGAGGGCUACGAGAAAGAUAACAAGGAUGAGGAUGAGGAUAAGCCCGAAGACAAGGAGAAGGCCACCUCUGCCAUGGAUAACCUGCUUGAGGCUUCCAUGGCCAAAUGA